AAUUAUAGAAUCGUAAAUCGGAAUUCCUCUUUCUCGUAACUUAGUUUAACCGAAGGAAUAAUAGAACCGAAACUGAAACCAAAAACUCAAAAAUCCAUCGACAUCGAUUCGCACUGCAUCAGAGAAUUGACAAAAUUGUUCGAAACGAAUAUUUGAUUAAUUCUUUUUUCGAUAUUUCACGUAUUUCGCAUUAUUUAUUAUUUUCUUGAUGAUACUAAAAGUUUUUUUUAGAUUUGAAGAGAUUAUGUGGUCCAAAAGGAAAGACUUGUCUGGAAUCUUCCAGAAAUUGACAGGAAGACCUUACGUUGUCGAUAUACCUAAUCGACUGCCAGAUUUCCGGAUUCGGUCCACGGAGAAAGAUGAUUUCUUCUGCCUACAGACCAUGGCAGAACAUUUGGAAACUGCCUGUUUUCCACCUCCUGACUUUUGUUACUUAAUGGAGAUGGCAAAUUUGAUGUAUACAGUUGUUGGUAAAAAUGACGAAAUUCUCGGUCAUGCGACUUUUAUGGAUUUUCCAGAAAUUUAUCCUAAAGGAGUAGACGAAUCAUCUUGGAUACAGUGGUUGAAUAGUCAAGUUAGGGAUCAUAGUUUUAAGUUUAUAAAUGCAAUUUUCUUACAUUAUUUUGUAUUUGUAAACCCUCUUCUCUCAGUGCAUUAUUUGAAACAAAUUCUACAAUAUUUAUUUGAAAAUGAAUAUCAUAUACAAUAUUGUUUUGUCAUCUUAUUGAAAACUGUUAAACAAGAUCACUUAGAAACUGUGUUUAAACCCAUAACUGAAGUAAAUAAAGACAAAAUAUUGUAUGUUGCAUAUAGACAAAAUUUUCAAAAGUUAAUGCAUGUUAGAGAUGGAAGAAUUGAAGAUAACGAUCAGUUGAGUCCGCUGUUAAAUCAGAAGAAUCCUCUAAUAGCCAAAACCUAUGGAGAAUUUUAUUUUGUCGAAUUACUUAAAUUGGUUAAUGAAAAUACAUUUAUUCUAGUUGCAGAGAUUGAAGAUUCUGCCGUUGGACUUAUGAUACUUUCGGCGGAAGUCGAUGUCGAAUUGUUAAAUAAAAAUUUUGAUCUGAAAUCAUUUCACAGAUUAGUAAAGAAAACUGAAAUGGAAAAUGAGAGAGAUGAAGAAUUGAGACUUGAAACAGAAAAUAUUAAGAAUGUUGAUUUUGAAGAGGAACUUGAAUAUCCAAAAUCUCAUUCACCCUCUGUUAGUACGUUUGAAGGAUUUAAUUCAAAUUUACAGAAGAGUAAUUGUUUUUGCAUUCAUUUCUAUUACAUAAAGGAGGAAUACAAAACAAGAUCGAUAGAAUUUCUUUUUUCUGCAUUUGAAAAAUACGAAAAUAUAGAUCAUUGCAUAAUUACCGUACCUCACAGCCUGCCGGAAUUUCCUUUAUUAAAGCAUUUUGUGAUGUUAACACCAAGACCAAAUUCUUUAUUUCCUCAUAAUUUAUAUUUGUGUCAUAAAGCAAGUUUGUACAGCCAUUUUCAGGUACGAUAUGCUGUUCCUACUGAUUUACCCAAAAUUACAAGCCUCAUAAAAACAUUAAAAGGAAGUAAGAAAAUAAUAAAUGAUGUUAUCCAGUAUUUUGAUGCAGGAUGUGAUGAGAGAAGAAGAAAAUUGCACGCUUUGGUUGCUUUGAAUAUUAAUCAGAUAAUAGGAAUAGUUGUAUUGAGGAAUAAGGAUGAAUUGGAUACUAUCAAUCUACAUUACUUUUUAGAAAACUUUAUGCAGUUUGAGUAUCAUGGUGACAAAGACUAUGGACAUGUGAUCCACUGUCUCUUAGUUCCAAUGUUUCGAAACUUUUCCAGAAUGUUUUUAAAGGAAAUUUUACGUAUUACAAAGAAAAUGACAUUGCAUUAUACCAUCUAUCCUACUCAUACAAUUAAUACAAGUCUAGAAUAUAAUGCAUUGAUUUCUCCUCUGGAAGAGUUUCAACCAGUAAAACCAAAAGAAUUUAAUUAUCAGUCAGAAGAAGAAUCUCAGGAAACUCCUUUUGCCCUGUAUCAUUUCAGUAGGAAAUUAUCUAUGAAACCAAAGAAAAACAUCAAUCACAGAAUAGUUAUAGUAGGAGCUUCUGAAGUUGCUUUAGGUGUACUGGAACAAUUAAUAUUUAACACCGAAAUGGCAUUUAAUAAUUUGGUUGUAAUAUCGCCUUACGGAAUUUCCGGAAAUACCACGGACGAUCCUUACCAGACAAUGCUACUUCCGGAAAGUGUAAAUUAUCCACAAGUUAUGUUGGAUAAACUCGGAUUUCAAACGUGGACGACUGUUAUUUACGGAAUGGUCACGGGUAUCGAUUGCAACGAUAAGUACGUAACUAUUGAAUCUUACGGAAAAUAUCCCUACGACGUUUUAGUGCUGUGUUGCGGAGUACAAUACGUAGAUCCCACGUUCCCCGCCGACUUCUUCCGAAUGCGGGAUGUCGCCGAGUCGUGGAGAAGAGAGAAAAUGCCCAACAACGUCUUCCUGAUCAACGACCAAUUCGACGCUUCCAAUUUUAUUUAUUACGUAAGAAAUUUCCUGGGAGAAGGCAAAGAUAAAAUCGUCGUUUACGGCCGGACCCUCGACGCGUAUCGCUGCGUGUCCACCCUCCUAGCUCUGGGGGUUUCCGGAUUGCAGGUGCAAUUGAUCCGGCCGGUGGCCGAAUCGCUGGAGAAUCAGAAGAAGUAUUGUAUCGAAAGCGAACGUGUGGACGAGACGAUUCGACGGUAUCUGAACGAAAAGCACGUGGUGGUCUGCGAUGAUUGGACGUUGAAAAAUUGGAAAUGCGACGAAAGGAGACACGUGACUCGCCUCACCUUCAGAGACGAGCAGAAUACUAAACACAUAGUGAGAUGCGCCAUGUUGGUGUCGUACGCCAGAAGCGGGGUAGACCCAGUCACCUUUAAAGCUCUGUCGCAUUCCGGACUGAAUUUUGACGGCGCGGCUGCCGUAGACGCCACUUUCCGGACCGGCCGCCCCGGAAUACUGGCCGGAGGAACCGCCACCCGACCCGAUCGACGUUAUUCCGUCCCCCGCUGGAACCGAAACCAUUUCGACUCGCGGGAACUAGGACUCGGGCUGGGCCGGGCCGUUGUCGACGCCGUAAAGGGGGAGGAGAUCGGAAAGGAAGACGACGAUUGGCCUCGUUUCCAAAGGCCCGUGGUGGCUCGGGCCCGACUUCCCGGAGGUCGACUUUACCUCAGCGUCCGAAGACCUCUUCACCCCCGUCCAUCCCCGUCUUCCGAUCGCCCUCGGGUGAUGGAAACAGGUAGCCCCGAGCGGGGAGAAGACUAUUUCCGAAUAGAACUCGAUUCUGGAUACCGGGUGCAAGCUGUCGUCUGUCUGUCCGAAAAGGAGUUUAAGGCGGCCGACCCCCGAUCUCUCUACGGACUGCACCAGAGCAUGCUGGGUAACGUCUGGGAUCGGUUCCGAGAGGAAUACGUCUCCGACUUUUUCUGUUACUUCGAAGAGCCUUGGGCCCGGCCUCUCUUCGCCGAUUGGUUCGGAGACUUCCGACGGGAGGCCCGAAAGAUCGUCCGCUCGUUCUUGACUUCCCGUCCGUGCGAAUUGGCGGAAGAAGCGAAGCGCGCGACGGAGGAAGAGAAGCGCCGCCUGUGGCGAUUCCUGGAUGAAGGAUGCAAGAGUCGCGUGGAGGAGCUCCUCUUCCGCUUCCUGUCUCGUCACCAGCGGGAAGCGUCCUCCUUCUCUCAUUAGCCACGUCUCGGGUCUUUCUGUCUCAUCGACAAUAAAACGUUAGCUUUAAAACAAACGAUAAUUUCGAGUGAUGUCGGUAGAUACGUCUUAAGAAAGGAG